CAGGUCCGAUAUGCAAGUUCAGUCUUGUGUAUGUGUUGUCUUAUGGGGAGGUAGGGAGUUUCUCUAUUGCUUGCCCAGUUGUUGGUGAAUAAUGGCUCCAAGCAUCGGUGUAAAUCUGCGAGUUACGGGACACUGCAGUCAAGGAGGUAGAAAGUACAUGGAAGACAUGUUUUCUGUGGCGUAUCAACAGACGGAAGACGAAAAAGAUCUCGAAUAUGCUUUCUUCGGAAUCUUCGACGGUCAUGGCGGGCGAGAAGCUGCAACGUUUGCAAAAGAGCAUCUUAUGGAUUACAUCGUAAAUCAGAAGGGUUUUUGGUCUGAUAAAGAUGAAGACAUUCUAAGGGCUAUACGAGAUGGAUUUCUACAAACCCAUCUUUCCAUGUGGGGACAACUAGAGAGUUGGCCGAAGACAGUAUCUGGUCUACCUAGUACAUCUGGGACUACAGCAAGUGUAGCUUUUAUUAGGAAAGGCAAAAUAUAUAUAGGUCAUGUUGGCGAUUCUUCCAUUGUCUUAGGUUACCAGGAUGAAGGUGAGACCAUGUGGAAAGGACAGCCUUUAACUAGGGACCAUAAGCCAGAAAGUGCAGAUGAGGCGGCGAGAAUUGUGCAGUCUGGUGGGAAGGUGGUGAGCAAGUCAGGGGUACCAAGAGUUGUCUGGAAUCGACCCCGUCUUGGUCACAGAGGCCCUGUACGAAGGUCUACCCACAUUGAUGAGAUUCCUUUUCUAGCUGUUGCCCGUUCACUUGGUGACCUGUGGAGCUAUAAUUCAGAACUAGAUCAGUUCAUAGUAUCUCCAGAACCAGACGUUGGCAUAAUUACAGUGGAAGUUGGUCGUCAUCGCUGCCUCAUCUUUGGUACUGACGGACUGUGGAACAUGCUUAGCCCAAAUGCCGCGGUGGCCACCGUGCAGGAAGCCGAGUGGCGCAAUGAGAAGCAUGUUCUGCAGCAGCACAAUACAGCAUACCAGCCGCAAGUGUGGAUCAAUCCAUCUAAAAGUUUGGUGGAUCGUGCACUUGAUCGUUGGUCUGCAACACGGCUGCGAGCAGACAACACCAGUGUGGUAACACUCAUGCUUGACCCACCAGGUCCUCCUCGUGCUCAAGUUUUGUUGAGUCAGAAGCAGCAGCAUCAGCCACAAGUGCCUUAUCCGCAGUGGACGCCGCACACUGUCACUGCUCCCUCUCAGGCCAGUAGUAAGAAGACUGAACCAGAUGUCAGUCCACAACAGAGUGGAUCAUCUUGUUCUAAGUAUAUGCAGGACUAUGAUCCCACAGGAGGAGUGGCAAUAUUCACUCGUUAUCCUGUUGCCACAUUUGCAGGGGAGAGCCCAGACAGCAGCAGUGGGCAGAUCUGCAAAGUGGGAGGCAUGUUGCACCAGGAGGCCAAGACUCAGAACUCCCCUGCAUCAGUACAGAUCAAUGAGGUUUCCUCAAGUAACCUGGAUGAUGUGCCAUUGAAACCAGCUGCCUUGGUUAGACAAUGUGCUUUCAACUUCGGGAGUGAGAACACUAGAUGCAGUGUGGGCGGAAAACGCCGGCAUAGCUCAGUAGCCAAACUGUUAAAUCAAGGAACUGACGAAGAUGUUGGUUCUGGCUAUGAACCGUGUCCGAAACGUCGCACGAGGUCAGAAGACAAGCGGCUUUCUGCCCCUCCCACAGACUACGAGCCGAACACAAGUGACGUUGAAAAUGAGAGGGUGGCAUGGCCUGGACAGUGGCGUGAGGAACACGAGGUAAGGACCGACUCAGAGAAGAAGGUGCUGCAAAGGCCGUCAGCAGGCGGCGGGAAUCACAGGCUGCCGACCUUCCUAACGUCACGGUCAAAGGGCACAACACGCAUGUUACGCUCUGAUACAGCUGCUGCGCUGCCAAUUCGCACCUUAAGGUCCCGUAACAUCAAUAUUGAACAGUCUAAUGUGAAAUCUGUGAAGAAAACAUCACACACAAGCCCACUUCCAGCGAGGCUGAAUAUGGACCAAAGCUCCUCCAGCAGACAGCAUAGACGGACUUGCUGGGGGAGCAUCGUGACAUCCAGGAUGAAUACUCGCAGUCGAAAGUGAACCGUGUCUCCACACCAAAAUGAAUAGUAGGAAAGGAACAACUGAAGUGAGAUGUUGGUGAUCAGUUAUAAUUAGUAUAAGAAUAAUAUAGAAGGUGGCUGGUUAUUUGUUUGAAAGUGUAUACACUGUAGUGUCAUGUUCCCUGUCUUCCUUCAGUUGUACCUUGCCCCAUCGCUUGUUUUAACCCUUCUAUUUUAGUUGUAUUUGAAUGUUCUGACAGAACAUACAUGCAUUGAAGAUCAUAAAUUCACAGUCAGUUUGAGUUUAGAUUUCCUUUAGCUAAAUCUCUUUUAAUUACAGUUCGUUUUAUACGUGAUCUAUAACUUUUAUGUCGUAUGUGCAUUUUAUGAGCUGAGCCUUGAUUUGUAGUAUGUAUGAUAUGAAGUUACCAUAGUCUGAAGUAUUUUUAAGGUGUGUGUGUGUGGGUGUGGUUUUCAUACUAAAGUGCAGUGUAACUUUGACUCUGAUGUAAAUUAUUGAGGUAGUCAGUCAGUCCCAUAAUGCUGAUAAUUUUAAUUUUGUAUCGUCUGCUGGGUGCCCAUAUCUGGGUUUGUAGAGCUCUGCUAAGUCAUUAUUGAGAUUCCUGAUAAACAGCGAUCACAUUUUGUUCACAUUACAUUCUUGUUGAUACUAACUUUUGCACUUUAUGACGUACAUUUUACUGCAUAGCAGUUAAUGCUUUAGAAACCUGGUCUCACUUGCUGAAGGCAUAUCUCUGCAUAAUGUGUUUGAAGUUUUGUGGGUCUCAGGGCUGUUUUUAAAUUUAGUUUUCUGGAUUAUUUAACAUUAUAGAGGACUUAAUAUAUGGUUGUGUUGUUUUGCAUUUUGUAUGCAAGUUUUACAAAUUAGGCUGUACAAUGUGCAGAUUGCUUUGAAAUAUUUAUAUUUUAUAGUGUAAUAUUGUCUCCAGUCAGUUGUUAGUUGACAUAUUUUUGGGCACUUACAUGAACCUCAUAAUGAAGCCGAUGAUCUAAUGAUUGCAACAGAAAGUUAAAUAGUAACGAAAGAAAUUCUGUGUUAAAUUAACACAGCUAUGAAAUAAACUUAUUGUCAAUCAAUAACUGUCCUAAUGGUACUUUCACAUCACCUUCCCUCAUUUAUUGAUGGCACCUUGGUAGGGCGUAAUGAAUUUUAACAAAAGGUAACGCAUAGUUAAAGUACUUCAUACAGACAAACUUACACCUUUUGCUUACAUGAUUUUUGUACAUGGUGCCGUCAUGUGCGUGUGUGUAUAGACACUUUUAUUUUUCUAAAAGUCAUAUCUGCAUUUCUUGACAGUGAAGGAUGAUGUAUUUUGUUAGGCAUUUGUAAAGGUAAAAGUUGAUUUGCUUUAGCUUAACAUAAGUGCCCACUAACAUGGAGUGCCACUUUAGGUAUUCGAACUUGCCAGUAAACCAGCAGACUACAAAAUGAGACUUUUGUGCACAUUAUUCAACUCUGAGUCACAUAUUAAGAUUGAUACAAAAAUAAUCUGUGCUAUAUAUAAGAACCAUGGUACUGUACCCUGUGUCUAGCUGUGGAGAUAGCAAGGCAGUUAAUUGCUAAAAUUCAUAUGUAUGCUAUAAUAUUCAUGUUUUCUUUCUAAACUAGCUUUGUGUUUGGUGACGUUUUAGGUUCUUAUGGUGACAACUUUGAAGAUAACUUGUUUUCUGGGAUUUUGCAACAUGUAGCCUGGUAGAAUCUGACUGACAUUACAAGGUGCUUACUGCCUGCACCAUACUGAUUUUGGAGGCAGUAAGCACCUCCGAAAUGUCAAGUCAGUUUCUAGUAAAUUAUCUGUUCAUCUUUAUCUUUGGUUAGCUUCAGAAUUGUAAUACUUUACAGUUUUACUGGCAGGAGGUUGUACUGCUGCAGUAGAUGGAUCAGUGGCUGCCGAGGGGGGCGUGUCAGCUGCUGUAAACAGCUUCUUUUAAAACUACACUACUUACAGAAAACUUUGAAAAUGAAGUACCAUAUUUGUUUAAAUGCUGUGUACAAACAAAUAAAAGAUGUAUAUCAUUUUGAAAUAAUUAAGGUCAAAUAUGACUUUAUUGGCUAGUUAUAGCAUGAAAUAUCCGUGAUGUGAAUGUAAUAUUAUUUAUUCAUAGCCUUGUGUGUUGGUAUUUGCCUUCUAGGAAUAGAAAAUAUUUUGGAAACAUGAAAAUGGCAUGUUUAUUUCUUAGCACAGACUGAUACUCAGAAGUAUACGUGUUUGGAUACAGACUGGAGUUAUUCAUGUAAAAUUAAGGUUUGAUGCCUUCAUGUGGGCUUGAGCUUAGAGAAGAGAUAUUUAAAUGUUUGCUGGUCCCAGAAAGAAUUUUGGAGCACAAGUUUGUAAGAAAUGCCAGAUGGCAAAAUGUUUGAGUGCUGCUGUCAUUAAGCAGAUUUUGAAAGUAGUAAUAUGAAUAAUGAAAAAAGAAAAUACUGGAAAAUGGGACGGUGAUAAAGGAAGAAACGUGAGGGAUGGACGAUACAAACUUCAUUACAGAAGUAAAACUUACAGUCAGUGUACCAUCAUGAGUUUUUAAUACCUUCUGUGUAAUUAAGGGCUUACGUUUGCGGUAGCGUGUGGUUAUGGUGUAGAGCUGAUUUUAUUAACCAAGUUCUGGAAUAUUCUGAGAGCUGUAUUUCCUGAAUCAGUUGUGUUGCUAGAGUUUGUAGCUACAACUUUGUUGGUCUGCUGUGCCAGUGUCAAUUGAGAAAACCGCAGAGUGCAUUAAGCUGAUGAUAGUAAUAAUUAUUACGCUUUACAAAGUCAUUUGAGUGUGCCCCGCUUGUGAUUGCUGAAUUCUUUUGUACCAAAGGUUGGUGUUAUUAUUGUAAUAUACAUAUCAAUAGUGUAUUUUUAAAGUGUGUGACAUAUUUUUGUAAACUUGAUGAAAAUUAAUGUGAGGCUAUGGAGUCAUGGGGCUCUGAUGUGCAUGUAGCAGUUUUUCAUUGGGCAGCAGCAUGAUGCCCUUAUGUGAUAGUUGGAACUUAAAACAGAUUGUUUAUUCUCUGCAACAAGGGCACAAGUUGUGAUUUUGUCUCUACCUGAACUGUGGGUGUAAAAAUGAUUGGUACUUAUGCAUGGAGGUCUGGAAGUUAAUGCAUUGUUUUGUUGCACCACAUAGAGCUAGUGACUGCUUCGCAUUUUAGAAGUGCUAAUUUUGCUGGAGGGUAGGCUUGUUUUGCAUUCACAAUAGUUCACUAGCCUACUACAAUUUUCAGUUUAUAAUACAUUAUUUAGAAGUACCAUUAACUCCUGUAGUCAUGCCAUGUGGCCUGGAAAAAUGUAUUGAAUAGCUUAAAGCAACAGGACUAUGACCAAUGUGGUCAGGCUUAGAGUUUCAACAUAAGCAAUGUAAGGUUGUGUUUUGGAUAUUGCUUAUAAACAUUUGAUUGUAGAAAGAAAAACUGACAGUCCCUCAGCUAGUCAAAAAUUAUAAAUGUUUUAUGGAACCCAAAGAUUCAUUAUAUUCAGUAGAGCCUGUCAUGGUCCCUUUCUGCACCGUAUUUACGAAAGAUCCAUUUUAAUAUCAACUGCCUCUUUGUGCUACAUGCCUUGUCCAUCACAUUCUCAUUGAUUUCAUUAUGGUGAAGAGAAAUUAAUGAUAGGUGAGCCAAGAGGGAAAGAAUGGAAAACAGGUGACAAAGUUUUGAUUUGUGACUUUCACAAGAGAUCAAUUUGGAUGACACAGGGAAUUUGAAGACUGCUACAUCAUGUUCAUCAGUAUUGGUUGUACAGAGUACUGAUAUUCCUGUGCAGUAAUGCUUAAUGUUUCAAUGCAAUAUGUAUAUAAAAACUAACUUUUUUACACAAAUCUGAGCUGACCAAAUUCUUUUAGCUUUCUAUUCAUGCCUUCAGUUUCCUCAAAAGACAUUUACGAGUGUGGAUCAGGUAUGUCUUGCACUGCGAAGGAUCUGAACUCCUACCCAUAUGAUAUUCAGAAAUAAUUUCCUCAAAUCUAUUAUAAAAUUUAAGUAAACUAUUUUAUUUCCAUUAAGUGAGACUAAUUCUGCAAGGAAACUUUUUACUCUCAGGUUACCGAGGUUCAGGUUUUUCUGAAAUUCUCUAGUUUGGAAGGUACACGCUGAAGUAAUGUCGAACUAGUUUGAUCAGAACCCUCUUACAUCUGGUAACCCUAAAACUAGCUAGUUUCUCGCAAUAAUGCAUUAACUUCAAGACUGGUUUUGGAGCAGUUGGAUGUAAUCCCUGUUUGGCUAUAACAGAUGCCACAAUCCCAAAGCAGAUAUUGUGUGCAAUGAUUCUCAAGUAGCAAGGGUUGUUAACAAUGCAACAAGUAUGAUGACUGACCAGGAAAAUACAAAGCCAGUCCUUAAUGUGUUACCACCAUUUACAGUUUACAAACGUAAUGGCUGUUAUCAGAAUAAAGUCAAAUAUUUGGUUAUAUUAUUCCCCAAUUUCUCCAGCAACACAUUUUUGUGUGUCUGUACCUGCAUUUGACUUGCCAUAAUAGAUGGUAACUGAACUUCAGUGAUACCUUCAACCAAUGGAAAAGUGGUAACUACAUUUCUAAAAGCAUAAUGAUGAACAUAUUUUAAAUGUGAUCUCUAUAGUUGAAGUUCUGGUUCCUAGCCUUUGGAUCAUUCUCUGUCUGUGUAUGAAUAUUGUUAAAAGAAAUGCGUUUUUAAGGAAACCUAUGGUUCAGUUACGGUAAAUGAGAUGAACUGUGUAAUGUUUAAAGUAAACAUGAAAUAUUCCAGAAACUUGUUAACUGAAAUGCCCAAGAUGUAUCAUGUGAAGAUGACUGUCUUCUUUGACGUUGUGUCGUGUAGUCUGGUAGAAGUUUACAGCUUUUCAGAGGUGCUUGCUGCUUCCAUUAUCGUGCCCUUACCAGACUACAUUGUGAACAUCACAGGAGACAAGUCAUCUUCAAUAUUGCUGGUGUGACAACCAGAAAUCAGACCCUGAAUUUUAGAUUUGUAACAUGAUAUUUAUGUGAUGCUUUUGCGAUAAAAGGAGGGACUGUUUGAUUUCCGUGUCUUAAUUUUUAUCUGGAAUAUGAAGUGAGGUACUUGUAUACAGAUUGACAUGAAUAUCAUAAAACACAUUUACGUGCUAACAAAGAAAUGGAUAUGAACUAAAUAUAAAUAAUAAACAGCAGCACAGAUUAUCGACAGAAGUGCGCGUCAAGGAGCAUGUUACACAACCAGAAUUUUCAAGCAAGGCAUACUUUAAUUUUACCACUUUGCAUGGUUGUAAAACAAAGUCUGUUACUUUAAGGGAAGACCAUCUAUUGCAAGUGUUUGUAUAAGGAGUGUUUGGGAAAGAAUCUGGAAUCCAAAAUGUAUCAUAAUGGUUACAGCUAACCAAUAUUGUGGAGAAACAUUUAGUAGGGAAAUUAUAUGAAGGACUGGUGGAGUAGAUGAUAUUAAGAUAGAUUUGUGAGAUGUGUGAUGUGAAAUGGGUUAAGCUGGCUCACGAUCAUAUCCUGUGAGCUUUAGUAUUAGCAUUGCUGAUGCUUCUGUCAAUAGUGAUAUCACUUCUGUGAUGCUGAGCAAGCAGCAAACUUCUGACUUUUACUCAGAGGUCAGCCAGGACACCAGCUACCCUGAUAUGUUUUUCAUGGUUUUUCUCAGUCCCUCUAGGUGAAUGCUGUGAUAGUACCACUGUGUAACAGUUGUAUGGAAAAUUUUAGAAUAGAAUUGUAGAAUGAGAUUUAUUCUUUCUGGGAUACUAAGUAAUUUCAAAAAUACUAAAAUCAACACGUGCUAGGAGUGUGAUCAUGUCAUCAUGCCAGAUUCAAAUUUAAAAAAAAGCAUGUUACUGUGUUGCAUGUUUGUAUGUUGACUGCAAGAGCAGGUGGCAGUGCAUUGAGGUGGUUAGACUAGUUCCUACAUGAACCCAGACUGUUGUGUGCUUGACAAUCAUAUGGCAACAUCAUUCAGUUUUAUCUUCUAUUUACAGAAGCAAAUUUCUUUCCUUUCUGAGGUGGGAUAUGCAUAAAAGAUCACUUUGUCACAUACAUAUAUAUAUAUAAUUUAUGUACAUCUUUGCAUUGAACAACAUUUUGAUAUUGCUAUUUAUUACUUAUGAAAUAAAGUGUACAGCUGGUUGAAGUUUCUUUAA